CUUAAAACGAUUUCCAUAGUAACCUGAUCAAGUGGCUCGGGAUCGCAAACCUGAGGAUCUCCGCGGCCCGCCGGCUCGACCUCAGUCAGGCUUGCAGGAACUGUAAUUAUUUAUUAAAAUGGAAAACUGUGAAGAAAGAAAAAGAUAGCAGUUGCAGUUAAAAUUCCUGGAUGAAUAUUUUGCUUUUGAGAAGUCUGCAUUUAAAAACGAUAUGUUGAUUUGGAAAGUCCCAGGAGUCAAUUACAAAAUUCAUUUUUUCCAUUCAAUCAAUGGAUUUUUUAAUCAUUCCUUGCAUCUGAUGAAAUUCAGAGAUGGUGCGUGAUGGAAAGUGUUUUCCUAGUGAUUGCAUCUUGGAUUAGCUUGCUGCUUUUUUGAAGAUAUUCUGUUGUGAAGGGCAAGAACCUAAUGUGAUGGAUUUAUCUUCAGAGAUGAGCAGACAUGGGAAGAAUCCAGUGAGUCACAAGCUAGAAGAUCAGAAAAAGAUUUACACAGACUGGGCCAACCACUACCUUGCAAAAUCGGGCCACAAGCGGCUGAUCAAGGAUUUGCAACAAGAUAUUGCAGAUGGAGUACUGCUAGCAGAAAUCAUCCAGAUCAUUGCAAAUGAAAAAGUUGAAGAUAUCAAUGGAUGUCCUAGGAGUCAAUCUCAGAUGAUUGAAAAUGUUGAUGUCUGCCUUAGUUUUCUAGCAGCCAGAGGAGUAAAUGUUCAAGGCCUAUCUGCUGAAGAAAUAAGAAAUGGAAACUUAAAAGCCAUUCUAGGGCUGUUUUUCAGUUUGUCUCGCUACAAGCAGCAGCAGCACCACCAGCAACAGUAUUACCAGUCCUUGGUGGAGCUGCAACAGCGGGUCACCCACGCCUCCCCUCAAGCAGAAGCCAGCCAGGCCAAAACCCAGCAAGAUAUGCAGUCCAGUCUGGCAGCCAGAUAUGCAACUCAGUCUAAUCACAGUGGAAUUGCAACCAGUCAAAAAAAGCCUACUAGGCUUCCAGGUCCCUCUAGGGUGCCAGCUGCAGGCAACAGCAGCAAGGUCCAGGGAGCCUCCAAUUUAAAUAGGAGAAGUCAGAGCUUUAACAGCAUUGAUAAAAACAAGCCUCCAAAUUAUGCAAAUGGAAAUGAAAAAGAUUCCUCCAAAGGACCUCAGCCAUCUUCAGGGGUAAAUGGUAACAUCCAGCCUCCCGGAACGGCGGGGCAGCCCCCGGCCUCCGCCAUCCCUUCUCCGAGCACCAGCAAGCCUUGGCGCAGCAAGUCCAUGAAUGCCAAGCACAGCGCCACCUCCACCAUGCUCACCGUGAAGCAGGCCAGCCCAGCCGCCUCUCCCACACCGUCUGCAGACAGACUGAAGCCCCCUGCCUCAGAAGGGGCCAAAACAGCUCCCUCAGGACAGAAAUCCAUGCUUGAGAAAUUCAAGCUGGUCAAUGCCCGGACCGCUUUACGCCCCCCGCAGUCUGCCAGUUCAGGACCCAGUGAUGGCGUGAAGGAAGAUGAUGCCUUUUCUGAAUCUGGUGAAAUGGAAGGUUUGAACAGUGGUCUCAACAGCGGUGGUUCAACAAACAGCAGCCCCAAAGUGUCACCGAAAUUAGCCCCUCCGAAAGCUGGAAGCAAAAAUCUCAGCAAUAAAAAGUCUUUGCUACAGCCAAAGGAAAAAGAGGAAAAGAACAGGGACAAAAGUAAAGUUUGUACUGAAAAGCUGGUCAAGGACGAGAAAGAUCAGAUGAUGGAGACGGCUCCAAAAAAGACCUCUAAAAUUGCAAGCUUAAUCCCAAAGGGUAGCAAGACGACAGCAGCCAAGAAGGAAAGCUUAAUCCCCUCUUCCAGUGGAAUUCCAAAGCCGGGCUCAAAGGUGCCAACAGCAAAGCAGACUGUUUCACCUGGCAACUCAGCAAGCAAAGAGUCUGAAAAGUUCAGGACUACCAAGGGAAGCCCUUCCCAGUCCUUCCCUAAACCCGGAACCACUGAGAAAGCAAGCACAUCGAGUUGCCCCGCUCCCUUGGAAGGAAGGGAAAGCAGCCACGCUUCUCUGGCAGGUUCCUCUGUUGGUUUAGUGGUGCAAGGCAGUGGGCAGAGCAUGGGAAAUGGUGCUGUCCACCUCCCUCAGCAGCAGCAACACAGCCACCCAAAUACCGCCACUGUGGCGCCGUUCAUCUAUAGAGCUCAUUCAGAAAAUGAAGGCACCUCUUUACCAUCUGCCGACUCCUGUACCAGUCCUACUAAGAUGGACCUAUCAUACAGUAAGACAGCUAAGCAGUGCCUAGAGGAGAUAUCUGGUGAAGACCCUGAAACAAGAAGAAUGAGAACAGUUAAAAACAUAGCAGACUUGAGGCAGAACUUAGAAGAGACGAUGUCCAGUCUUCGUGGGACCCAGAUAAGCCACAGCACCCUGGAGACAACAUUUGACAGCACCGUAACAACGGAAGUGAAUGGCAGGACCAUACCCAACUUGACAGGCCGGCCCACCCCCAUGGCCUGGAGGCUGGGCCAGGCGUGCCCUCGACUUCAGGCUGGAGAUGCUCCGUCACUGGGUGCCGGCUACCCUCGCAGCGGUACUGGGAGAUUCAUCCACACAGACCCCUCAAGGUUCAUGUACACUACGCCUCUCCGUCGAGCGGCUGUCUCUCGACUGGGAAACAUGUCACAGAUUGACAUGAGUGAGAAAGCAAGCAGUGACCUGGACAUGUCUGCUGAAGUCGAUGUUGGUGGAUACAUGAGCGAUGGUGAUAUCCUUGGGAAAAGUCUCAGGACCGAUGACAUCAACAGUGGGUACAUGACGGAUGGAGGGCUCAGUUUGUACACGAGGAGUCUGAACCGAGGCCCAGACACAGCAGCUUCCAGGGACGCCAUUCAGAGGGGACUGCAUGAUGUGGCCGUGGAUGCAGACAGCUGGGAUGACAGCAGCUCCGUGAGCAGUGGCCUCAGCGACACCCUGGAUAACAUCAGCACCGAUGACCUGAACACCACGUCCUCUGUCAGCUCUUACUCCAACAUCACUGUCCCAUCCCGAAAGAACACUCAGCUGAAGACCGAUUCAGAGAAACGAUCUGCAACAGAUGAGCCUUGGGAGAGCACCGAGGAGCUGAAAAAACCCGAGGAGGACUUUGACAGCCAUGGGGAUGGAGGUGGCAAGUGGAAGGGUGUUUCCUCGGGACUUCCUGAAGACCCUGAGAAGACGGGGCAGAAAGCCUCCCUGGCUGUUUCUCAGACAGGCUCCUGGAGGAGAGGCAUGUCAGCCCAAGGAGGAGCGCCAUCCAGGCAGAAAACUGGGACCAGUGCACUCAAGACACCUGGGAAAACCGACGAUGCCAAAGCUUCUGAGAAAGGAAAAAGUCCCCUGAAAGGAUCAUCUCUACAGAGAUCUCCAUCGGAUGCAGGGAAGAGCAGUGGAGAUGAGGGGAAAAAGCCCCCCUCGGGCAUUGGAAGAUCAACGGCCACUGGCUCUUUUGGAUUUAAGAAGCCAAGUGGAGUCGGGUCCUCUGCCAUGAUCACUAGCAGUGGAGCCACCAUAACCAGCGGCUCAGCCACGCUGGGCAAAAUCCCCAAAUCCGCUGCCAUUGGUGGGAAGUCAAACGCAGGGAGGAAGACCAGCUUGGAUGGGUCACAGAAUCAGGACGAUGCUGGGCUGCACGUCAGCUCCAAAACCUCCCUGCAGUACCGCAGCCUGCCCCGCCCGUCCAAAUCCAGCGCCAGUGGCAUUCCCGGCCGAGGCGGCCACAGAUCCAGUACCAGCAGUAUCGAUUCCAAUGUGAGCAGCAAGUCAGCUGGUGCCACCACCUCGAAACUGAGAGAACCCACGAAGAUCGGCUCAGGGCGCUCGAGUCCUGUCACGGUCAACCAGACCGACAAGGAGAAAGAGAAGGUUGCCGUCUCAGAUUCAGAGAGCGUUUCUUUGUCAGGUUCCCCCAAAUCCAGCCCCACAUCUGCUAGUGCCUGCGGGACACAAGGGCUCAGGCAGCCGGGGUCCAAAUACCCUGACAUUGCCUCACCAACUUUUCGAAGGUUGUUUGGUGCCAAGGCAGGUGGCAAAGCUGCCUCGGCACCUAAUACGGAGGGUGUGAAAUCCUCCUCUGUAAUGUGCAGUCCUAGUACCACAUUAGCGCGGCAAGGCAGUCUGGAGUCGCCGUCGUCCGGUACGGGCAGCCUGGGCAGUGCUGGCGGGCUCAGUGGCGGCAGCAGCCCUCUCUUCAAUAAACCCUCAGACCUCACUGCAGAUGUUAUAAGCUUAAGCCACUCGUUGGCGUCCAGCCCGGCGUCGGUCCACUCUUUCACGUCAGGUGGCCUCGUGUGGGCUGCCAAUCUGAGCAGUUCCUCUGCGGGCAGCAAGGACACCCCAAGUUACCAGUCCAUGACUAGCCUCCACACGAGCUCGGAGUCCAUUGACCUCCCCCUCAGCCACCACGGCUCCCUAUCUGGACUGGCCACAGGCACUCACGAGGUGCAGAGCCUGCUCAUGAGAACUGGUAGUGUGAGAUCUACUCUCUCAGAAAGCAUGCAGCUUGACAGAAAUACACUACCCAAAAAGGGACUAAGAUACACCCCAUCGUCUCGGCAGGCCAGCCAAGAAGAAGGCAAAGAGUGGCUGCGCUCCCAUUCCACUGGAGGGCUGCAGGAUACUGGCAGCCAGUCACCCCUGGUGUCCCCUUCUGCCAUGUCAUCUUCUGCAACAGGAAAAUAUCACUUUUCCAACUUGGUGAGCCCAACCAAUCUUUCUCAGUUCAACCUUCCUGGGCCCAGCAUGAUGCGCUCAAACAGCAUCCCAGCCCAAGACUCGUCCUUCGAUCUCUAUGACGACUCCCAGCUUUGUGGGAGUGCCACGUCUCUGGAGGAGAGGCCACGGGCCAUCAGUCAUUCAGGCUCAUUCAGGGACAGCAUGGAAGAAGUUCAUGGCUCCUCACUAUCACUGGUCUCCAGCACGUCUUCUCUUUACUCUACGGCUGAAGAAAAGGCUCAUUCAGAGCAAAUCCAUAAACUACGGAGAGAGCUGGUUGCAUCACAAGAAAAAGUUGCCACCCUCACAUCUCAACUUUCAGCAAAUGCUCAUCUCGUAGCAGCUUUCGAAAAGAGUUUAGGGAAUAUGACUGGCCGACUGCAAAGUCUAACCAUGACAGCGGAACAGAAGGAGUCUGAACUGAUAGAACUAAGAGAAACCAUUGAAAUGCUGAAGGCCCAGAACUCUGCUGCCCAGGCAGCCAUUCAGGGAGCACUGAAUGGUCCUGACCACCCUCCCAAAGAUCUCCGCAUCAGAAGACAGCAUUCCUCUGAAAGCGUCUCUAGCAUUAACAGUGCCACAAGCCAUUCCAGCAUUGGCAGUGGUAACGAUGCUGACUCCAAGAAGAAGAAAAAGAAAAACUGGGUGAACUCUAGAGGAAGUGAGCUGAGAAGCUCAUUCAAACAAGCCUUUGGGAAGAAAAAGUCCACCAAGCCUCCUUCCUCACAUUCAGACAUUGAAGAGCUUACAGAUUCGUCCCUUCCGGCAUCCCCCAAGUUGCCCCACAACGGAGGUGACUGUGGGUCAGCCUCCAUGAAGCCCUCGCAGUCGGCCUCUGCGAUCUGUGAAUGCACAGAGGCUGAGGCAGAGAUAAUUCUGCAGUUGAAGAGUGAGCUCAGAGAAAAGGAAUUAAAAUUAACAGAUAUUCGGCUGGAGGCCCUCAGCUCUGCACAUCAUCUCGAUCAGAUCCGGGAAGCCAUGAACCGGAUGCAGAACGAGAUUGAAGUCCUGAAGGCCGAGAACGACCGGCUGAAGGCGGAGACGGGGCACGUCGCGAAGCCCGCUCGGCCCGCGUCCGAGUCCGCCAGCAGCACCUCCUCCUCGUCCUCCCGCCGGUCCCUGGGGCUCUCGCUGAGCAACCUCAACGCCGCCGAGUCCGUCACCUCAGAUAUUUUGCUGGAUGAUCCUGGUGAUGCAACUGGACAUAAAGAUGGCCGCAGUGUGAAAAUUAUAGUCUCCAUAAGCAAGGGCUACAGUCGAGCAAAGGAUCAGAAGUCUCAGGCAUAUUUGAUAGGAUCCAUUGGUGUUAGUGGAAAAACCAAGUGGGAUGUCUUAGAUGGUGUAAUUAGACGUCUCUUUAAGGAAUAUGUGUUCAGAAUUGAUACCUCCACUAGCCUUGGUCUGAGCUCUGACUGCAUUGCCAGCUACUGUGUAGGAGAUUUAAUUAGAUCCCAUAGCCUAGAAGUGCCUGAGCUGCUGCCUUGUGGAUACCUUGUUGGUGAUAAUAACGUCAUCACUGUGAACCUGAAAGGGGUAGAAGAAAACAGUUUGGACAGUUUUGUUUUUGAUACUCUGAUUCCUAAACCAAUUACCCAAAGAUACUUUAACUUGUUGAUGGAGCAUCACAGAAUUAUACUCUCAGGACCUAGUGGUACUGGAAAGACCUACUUAGCACACAAACUUGCUGAAUAUGUAAUAACCAAAUCUGGGAGGAAAAAAACAGAGGAUGCAAUUGCCACUUUUAAUGUGGACCACAAGUCUAGUAAGGAAUUGCAACAGUAUCUAGCUAACCUGGCUGAACAAUGCAGUGCUGAUAAUAAUGGUGCAGAGCUUCCAGUUGUAAUAAUUCUAGAUAAUCUUCAUCAUGUGGGCUCUUUGAGUGAUAUCUUCAAUGGUUUUCUCAACUGUAAAUACAAUAAAUGUCCAUAUAUUAUUGGAACAAUGAAUCAGGGAGUUUCUUCAUCACCAAAUCUAGAGCUACAUCACAAUUUCAGGUGGGUACUAUGUGCAAACCACACAGAGCCAGUGAAAGGCUUUUUAGGCAGAUAUCUUCGAAGGAAACUGAUAGAGAUGGAAAUUGAAAGGAACAUUCGCAAUAAUGACCUAGUCAAAAUUAUAGAUUGGAUUCCCAAGACGUGGCAUCAUCUCAACAGUUUUUUGGAAACACACAGUUCUUCUGAUGUUACAAUUGGCCCUCGACUUUUCCUUCCUUGUCCCAUGGAUGUAGAAGGUUCUAGAGUAUGGUUCAUGGAUCUCUGGAACUAUUCUUUGGUACCUUAUAUUCUGGAGGCAGUGAGAGAAGGUCUGCAGAUGUAUGGAAAACGAGCACCUUGGGAAGAUCCCUCCAAGUGGGUGCUUGAUACAUACCCAUGGAGCUCAGCAUCUCUGCCUCAGGAAGGCCCAGCAUUACUUCAGUUGCGACCAGAAGAUGUUGGGUAUGAGGGCUGUGUAUCCACGAAGGAAGCUACAACCUCAAAGCACAUUCCACAGACUGACACAGAGGGGGACCCCCUGAUGAAUAUGCUGAUGAAACUCCAAGAAGCAGCCAAUUACCCGGGCACGCAAAGCUGCGACAGCGAUAGCACCAGCCAUCAUGAAGACAUUCUGGAUUCGUCUCUUGAAUCUACCCUCUAGAGGGUGAAAAAAAAAGUUAGGGGAAAAGACUAUGCUUAAAAAAAAAAAAAAAAAAAUGUUUGAAAAGUAAGGUAUUUUCAUGAAACCACUGCCAGUAUGAAAGCAUCCUGUCAGGGCCCUGACCCAGAGUUGUGGUCUCUAAGGAGGCAGCAAAACUAAGUCUGAAGCACCAAGAUGCUCAGUUGACACGGAAGCGUAACUUGCUUUUCUUUCUAGGCAUUUUUUUUUUUUUAGUCUCUGUGGAGUGAUGUAAGGCUCCAAUACUCAACUGGAAAGGACCCUAAUGAUAGGGCCACUGAAGAUUGCACAUGGGUUAGCCAAACUGGACUUUCUGUUUUUUCUCUUUAAAAGUUUACAAUGCAGACCUUUUUUUCCUUUCUUUUUUUUUUUUUUUUUUGUAGUUCCUUCUCUGGUUUCCUCUGAGGGGCUGUUCGCCCCCAAGCAGGAUCCACUCUUCUGAUCCGUCCAACCUCUUUUGUGCCAAAAGGUGCUGGUUGCGGAGCCCCAGUAGCGUUUGUGUUGUGCGCUCACCCCAUUCCAAAAUGAAGAGGCCAGGCCUCUCCAAGCACAAGUGGAAUUGUGCGACCCCCAGGGAAACACUGCUGUGGCCAGCUGGAGAUGGGCCAGCGUCACUCUCAGCUGCGGUGAUCACAGGCUGUGCUUCACCCACGCUUCAGUGUCUGAGUCACAGGUUUGAUAAGGUUGUUUUUCCCACUGUGGUCUUUUGAAACCACCUGCCCAUUCCCUUAAAAAAAAAAAAAAAAAAGUUUUAUACCAAUUAUUAGUCCACACUGACAACAGGCUUUUUAGGGCUUUGUUUGUUUGAGCCUCGUCAGUGAAAAGAAGGAACAUUUCCUAUGGUGCUGUCCCACUGCCUUAAGCCGAUUUCUACAACAGUUUAACCGUUGGUUUAAAUCCUGAACCACUGGUCGUUUCCACUGUCUUCACUUACAACACCAGUUAACACAGUAGCCUCAUCUCUAUUUUUGUGUUUGUUUUUGAAGAAAUGGAUAGGAGAAAGAUCAGUAUUUUUACCUUGUGAAUAGAUUGCUUUUCCUAUCCUCCAAAAGACUCAAGUAACCCAGAAACCCUCUUUGACUGUCAUUUACAAGCUAAGCCAUGUGGCUAUCUUCCAUCCAGUUCUAGGGGAAAGAGUUUCAGAAGGCGGGAGAUGGUGAAUUCUUAUCCAGCAGAGCUGGAAGCACUAGAUGCAGCAUGAGCACAACUAUUCGGCUUUUCUCUCCUAUUCUUUUUUUUUUUUUUUUUUAAUUAUUAUGAGUUUUGAGCAUGUUGUUUUGAUGGGUGUUAUUGUACAUGAGAAAUUCAGCAUUCGAGAACACUGAAGCAGUGAAGUCACUGUGGAUGAGAAAGCAUUUAUACUGUAAAAGAAGGUUAGAUUUGCACAGUCUACUGGGUAGGUAUUGUAAAUAAUCACUUCAAAAACUUGCACAAGUCAAAACAAACACACACACACAAAUUGUAUUUUAUCCUGUGGGUGUUAAGAGAUGUUUCACUUGCUGAGAUUUCCUGUACGUUGCAAACAAAUACAGAAUGCAGACCCUCAAUGCUGUUGUUACCUGGUGUGUUUGUCCUGUAUUUACAGUUGUGAUGACCAUGCAGGAGCUAUCAGUGCUAGAGUGAGCAUGCUUCAAAACUGUCCAUGAAGCCAAUACAUGUUUGGAAAAGUAAAAAUGUCUGAAAGUGCAUCUGUCAUGGCGGGCUUUCAAGAGAGUACGUGAGAGCUGACGGGAGUGACUGGAGAAGUUCCCACCACGCAGAGAGGACAGGUUUGAAACGUAUCACCCCAAGGGCUAGGCCACGGUGUAGACUUGUUCCAUGCGUGUGAAAAUGUGCUACUUCAGGACGUUCAAUUGGUGCUACUCUCUGUGACCAGCCACGGGUCAGUUGCUGUAGAACAAUAACAGCGCGAGACAUCGCUGCAGUCGUCAGAGUGUCGCUCGUCUGUAGGUCCUCCACGGUGCUACUGCCCCAAGGGAAAUCGGAACUGAUUUGUGCGCGUAGAAAGGGCACCCUGACUUCGAAGCCUCAAACGUGGAUCGCGUCUGUGGUGAAACGUCGAUAUGCAUAGCUGGAUGCGUGACUAGUGGCCCUUGUACAAUAUGUGAUCUAAGAAAAUCUCUAAUCUUUCCCUGCCAUUUUGAGAACCACAGUUCAAACAUGAUCAUUAAACAGAAAUUCCUGCAAUACAUCCCAGUAGGUCCGCCUAGUUUACAACUUAAACUAGUUUGUGAAACAUUUGUCUGUAUACAUUUUAUAUUUUGUACAUUUUUGAUGUAACAUACCAUGUAAAUAGAAACAGUGAAAUAAAUCAUCUGAAAAGUUUUGUAGUCUUUGUAAAGCCCCGGCAGCAACUACUUGGUGUCCGUGGACUUAACUGGGUGAUGUAUUUUCUAUUGGUUGAUUGUUCCUCUAGCUUGUAAACCAGCUUGCAUAUAUUUUUUUGCAAAUGUGCACCCUGUAUCUGUCUAAAUUAUUACUUUGCCAUUAAAGUGGAAUUAUUUAUUGACAACAA